ACUUACUAAAGUGGCGGAAAUCAACCCAGAGGUUUUGCAGCGAUUCAUUCAAGGACAGCAGUCCCACGACAACGACGUCUUGACUGCUCUGACCGCUUUGAAUGUUGUUAUACGCAUGGAGCCCACCAUGAACCACCCUUUCAACGUGCGCUCAUUCUUUACCAACAGGGAAACGAAGGAUAUCGGUGUUGGCCUGGUUUUAUGGCGAGGCUACUUCCAGUCCGUUCGUCCUGCAAUCGGACGCAUGCUUGUGAAUGUGGAUAUAUCGACUGGAACGAUGUACAAGCCGGGUCCUUUAAUUGAUCUUUGCCUGGAGUUCUUCGGCAGGCAAGGGCAACCAAACAAUCUCAGCCCUAAGCGCGGUUUACCGGAUCGAGAACGAAUUCGCCUGCAGCGUUUUGUUUCAGGAAUCCGAAUCCAGACAAUCCAUGGCGAUGAACGUCGCCGUAGAACCCCCCGAGUAGUAAAAAAACUCAGCUCAGCUGGAGCCUCAGACCUUACCUUUACUAUGCGGGAAGGUGGUUCCAUGACGGUUGCACAAUACUUUAGACAGGUUCUGAAUCGUCCUUUGCAAUUCCCAGAUGUUCUCUGCAUUGAGGUGGGUUCUGGGGCAUUGAUUCCUCUAGAGUUAUGCACAGUCCCCGAGGGACAAAUCAUGAGAAAGCAAGUUCCACCAGAGAAGACAAAGGACGUUCUUGAUUUCGCGACUAAAAAACCUCAUGAACGUCUCGCCAGUAUCACAAACGGACUCGCAGUCCUGGCGUAUGGGCAAUCAGAAUAUGUCCGAACAUUUGGUAUGCACGUAGAAGAUACUGCUGGCCCUUUGGCGCUUCAAGCACGUGUCUUGAAGCCACCGACCUUGAGGUACGGCCAGAAUAGCCGACAGCCUACCAUCGCACCUGCAAACGGAUCUUGGAACAUGGUCGACAAGCGUUUUUAUCGUCCCGCCUCCAUCGAUCGUUGGGUCGUAGUGGUUUAUGAGAGACAAGCACGGUUUAACCAGCAAGCCGCGCAAGAGAUGAUCUCUGGCCUUAUGUCAAGCUGUGCCAGCGUAGGCAUCAAUGUGAAUGACACUGCUCCAAUCGUUACUUGGCAAAACGGCCAGGGCCGCAUUGCUGAUCAAAUGCGUGACGCUGGUGCCCAGUGCUUCCAAAAAACCGGAGUUCGUCCUCAACUUAUCGUUGUAGUCUUACCUGAUGGAGGAAAUGAUAUAUACACCGCCGUCAAACAUUUCGGUGAUGUCACUGUUGGAGUUGCUACUCAAUGCUUAAAGAGUUCGAAGUGUUUCCGCGCGAAGCCACAAUACUAUGCAAACGUUUGCCUGAAAAUCAACGUGAAGUUAGGUGGUAUCAAUACCAUUCCAGACCAACAAUCUGCAUCAGUGCUAACUGAUCCCCGUAAUCCUACUAUUGUCAUGGGUGCCGAUGUCAUCCAUCCUGCACCCGGGUCAGAGGGUCGCCCAUCGUUCACUGCACUCGUUGGCAAUGUGGAUUCCGAUGCUGCGAAGUAUGUUGCAACUAGUUGUGUUCAGAAAUCCCGUCAGGAGAUAAUUGAAGACUUGCAAAAGAUGGCUGUGGAUGUUCUGCGCUUGUAUAUGACGUAUCGCCAGAGGGCUGAAAAGAAGCCUGGAAACCCAGCGCCUACUCGUUUGAUUUUCUUCAGAGAUGGUGUUUCGGAGGGGCAGUUCAAGCAAGUCUUAGAGGAAGAACUCGAGGCUCUGAAGAAAGCUUGCGCAGAGCUCAAGAUCAAACCUUUGAUCACAAUGAUCGUCGUGGCGAAGCGCCACCACGUUCGAUUCUUCCCUCAGAACCCGGGAGAUGCAGACAGGAGUGGCAACUGCCCGGCGGGUACUGUCGUUGACCAAGUGGUGGCACAUCCGACCGAAUUUGAUUGGUAUCUUCAGAGUCAUGGAGGACUCCUUGGAACUAGUCGUCCCGCGCAUUAUAACGUGUUAUACGAUGAGAACAAAUUCAGUGCGGACGGACUGCAGGCUCUCUCGUUUGCCCUUUGCCAUGUUUAUGCACGCGCUACGCGUUCUGUGUCCAUCCCAGCCCCGGUGUAUUAUGCGGAUAUCGUGUGCAGCCGUGCAAAGAAUCAUUAUGACCCCCAAGGUCAACUUGAUUUCUCUGAUUCAGCCACGCAGGCCGACCAGGGGCAGGCGGAUUCGACACUCGAAGCCUUCAAACGUGGUUUCAAGGAUCUACACCCGAAUAUGAAAACCAUGAUGUAUUUCUCCUGAAAACAUCCGUUCACCAAAUGUUAUGCUUCGAAGGGGUGUUGCAGUUUUGAAACGAUUUUGCUUUGAGGCGGGAUGUACAUUUGCCAUAACCAUGCCAUUCAUUUUGUCAUCAUUGUAGUUUAUUCCAGUUACAAAAAAUGUUUCGGAAAUGUGGUUAUGACAAAGAAACCACCACAUAUGAAAGAUAGAAAUCAUAUCUUCACUUCAAUUGUC